AUCUGCAAAUUUACAGUUGGCGUGAAUCCGAAUCAUUUGUCUAAACCAAAGACUGUUGAUCCGUGACUGCGGACAACGAGCUACACUAAACGCACAGUUUAGAACUUCAAACGAGCUUAUCAAAAAUUGAAUUUGUAAAAAUGCCGCUCGGAAGAGGGAAACCCGCCAUUACCGUGCUGCAUAUUGAUCUCAGCGAUGAUGAAGAUGGACUAGAAAUGGCCGCAACGCCGACGAAUGCUUCAACGGCCAAAACAGCGACGCAAACUAGACCGCAAUUGCAGGAGGAUUCGCGAGCAAUCACGCCGUUGGUUCCUUCCGGUGAAACCCUAGAGUCUCGAAGUUUCUGGAAAGCCGGGGCUUACUCCGUCGGUUCGACCUCGAACAACGAUCCUGCCCAAGGUUUACUGGAGCAUGCUCGUGUUCACCCGAAGUUUCUGCAUUCUAAUGCUACCUCCCAUAAAUGGGCUUUUGGAGCAAUUGCCGAGCUUUUGGAUAAUGCUGUCGAUGAGAUAAACAAUGGUGCAACUUAUGUGAAGGUGGAUAAGAUUGAUAUUGUGAAAGAUAACUCACCAGGUUUACUAUUCCAAGACGAUGGUGGGGGAAUGGAUCCCGAAGGUAUCAGGAAAUGCAUGAGCUUGGGUUAUUCAUCAAAGAAGUCAAAAACAACAAUUGGACAGUAUGGUAAUGGAUUUAAGACAAGUACCAUGCGAUUGGGUGCUGAUGUAGUUGUUUUCAGUCGAGCAACACAUGGAAGCAAAGCAACUCAAAGUGUUGGACUUCUAUCUUAUACCUUUUUACGAAAAACAGGGCAGGAUGAUGUUAUUGUUCCGAUGAUUGAUUUUGAUAUUUCUGGCCAUUGGGCAGAACCAAUAGUUUAUGGCUCUCACGAUGAUUGGUCUUCUAACCUGAAGACCAUCCUUGAGUGGUCUCCCUUUGCAUCAAAGGAGGAACUCAUGCAACAGCAUGUAUCUUACUGUCUACGGUACUCAUUAAGGGCAUAUGCUUCCAUAUUGUACCUCAGAAAAUUCAAGAAUUUCAAUAUUAUACUAAGGGGGAAACCUGUACAGCAGUGUAAUAUUGCAGAUGAACUGAAAUAUGUACAGACUGUGAAAUACAGGCCUCAAGUAGCUGUAUUGAAAGAGGUUGUUGCUGAAACUACCAUUGGAUUUAUAAAAGAGGCACCUUCUCUUCCAGUUUGUGGAUUUAAUGUGUAUCACAAAAAUCGCCUUAUUAAGCCUUUCUGGAAAGUCACUGCUGAUGGUUCUUCAAAGGGGCAUGGUGUCGUUGGAGUUCUUGAAGCAAAUUUUAUAGAACCAGCACAUGACAAGCAGGAUUUUGAGAGGUCAUCACUCUUUGUCCGAUUGGAAUCAAGGCUGAAGCAAAUGAUUAUGGAAUACUGGAAGGACCAUUGUCACUUGGUUGGAUAUCAGCCACUGGGUUCCAGUGCACAAAAUACACAAAAAGGUCUGCCUGCUCAAUCUCAUGUUGGGCAUAAGCCGCAGCCCAACCAACAGAAUACUAGUUGUGCUGUCAUCCAAGAAGAAGUGCAUUUUAAUCGACCUAUUGUUGGCCUUCCAUCAAAUCUAACACAAAAAUUAAGAAAUGAGCAUGCUGGAAAUAGUUUAACUGCUUUUCCUCCCAGUAUCACACUUGAACCUGUCUUUCUUAAUGAAGUCACAUCUGAAGAAGAUCCAGUGCCCUUAUCGGUUGAACAGAUAUGUGAAGAGAACAUCAACCUUUUCAUGAGGUGUGAGGAAAAUGUGCAGAAGGAGGCUGAGUUGAAACAUACGAUAGAGAAAUUGGAAAAUGAAUUGGAGGAAGCCAAAAGGAAGUGUGCGCAGCUUGCUGCGCACAUGAAAAAGAGGGAGAUGGAGAGGCUGAUGAAGCAACAAACUAGAAAGGUUCUGUAGAACACAGCCUUCAGAAAUACCUACCUUGAUGAUCUUUGUUCAAUCUCUGGUUUGGGUCUUGCAGAAAUGCCUCGCAAGAAUUGAUGAUAUGUAUAGCUGGUUGGGUCAGGUUCUCACCUAUUUCAGCUAAAUGUCUCUUUUUGGCAAAAUUUGGAAAUCUAAAAGUUUGAUAAGA